AUGGAUACAAGUCGCCCGCUCGAAUGUCUUGCAUAUGCUUCCGAAAGAUCUACCCGCUUUACCAAACGAGACCAGGACAAACACAUUGUCUUUCUCGACGAUGUGAUCGCUGUUCAAAGCCAGCUCGAAUACACCAGCUUAAACAUUUCACAUCUUAUGGACCAUUACCGACUUAUUCGGCCACAAUAUCACGAGCACAACUCAAGUGCUGCGAGAGCUCUUGAGGUACUGGUGCAAGAAGCAAAGCGUAUUCUACCGGUCGCACCGUAA